AAAGACGAAAUGGUGAACUUAUACAGGUGCAGUAUGGUUCCCGGUGUGUUGUUAGCAUUCGCAAUCCUUCUGUCGGUUUGUGCUUCUGAAGGAGGCAAAUGUAUUGAAACUCGCUCAUCUUCCAUGAAGUUCUCAAUUCUAAGUCACAGGAACAAAACAGGCCACUGGAUAGCUCAGGUAGGACUGCAACAUGGUGGAAAUGAAGCAGACAAGGGACCGUCAUGGGAAGUGGAUCUGGAACACACCGUCACUUCUUGCGACAGCCAUGAUUCCAUCGAUAUAAAGGCGACUUUAACAGCACCGCCUGAUUUGCCUACGCCUGGAUACGAACUCUUUCCUCUUAUGGGCUAUUACAAGUUUCAUCCCAUUGGGCUCACCUGGAGAGAUGCUCUGCGGGUCUGCGCACAAGAAGGGGCUCAUCUAGCCGUUAUAAAUUCGCAAGAGGAAGCUAACCUCAUCAAAAGCUUGUACGACUUGCAUCCCAAAGUGCAGAAUUCCGCAGACAACAAUAACGCCUUCCUCGGAUACCAUGACUUUUACAUCGAGGGACAAUUUGAAACUAUAUUUGGACAGUCUCUGAACACCACGGGGUAUAAGAACUUCACACCUGGACAGCCGAACAAUGCUCCAGUGGGCACAGAUCCUGAGCAAGACUGCGGGGGAGUGACGCGCGCAGGCCUGCUGAACGACCUGCCAUGCAACAGCCGCUAUGCCUUCUUCUGCGAGAUGGAACUGCCCAAGUGAGAGCUCGAAGAAUCUAAAAUAGUGGACAAAGAUUUAUGUUUCAGUAUUUGUUCCCGUCCCAUAUUUGUGUUAUUUAGAAAAUCACCGCUUUUAAAGAGUGCUUACUCCUUAAUAUUGCAUCCAUUACUAUUAUACUGUGGGGCAUGGGGUAGCGUAGUUGGAUGAGGCACUAUGCUACAAGCCGGAUGGA